AUGUUGGUAGCAUCUCCGGUGGAAGAAAACGGUGAAAUGGAAGAAACAGGACAGAAAUUUGGGGCUUUUCCGUUCAAACCCUACUCCAUUCAGAUUGAUUUUAUGAAUGCUCUCUAUGAUUCUCUUGACAAAGGAGGAAUCGCAAUGCUCGAAAGCCCUACUGGGACAGGAAAAACCCUAAGUAUAAUAUGUAGCGCUCUGCAAUGGCUUGUCGAUCGAAAGCAACGCAAAAAUAAUGACAAUUCAGUCGAUACGCAUCUUAAUGGAACAACUGGAGAUCAUUCUGGGCCAGAUGAUGAACCUGAUUGGAUAAAGAAUAUAAAGGCGGAAAGCCCCAAGAAGAAGGUUAAGCUAAAGAAAAGACACGGAUUUAGAAGUAAAAAAAGCGAUAAAACUGGACUUGAGGAGAGUUUCAACGAUUUAUUUAAUCAUUUUAGAGAGAUCGAAGCUGAUUACAAUGUAUAUGGUAGAGAACACAAUAAAUCGAUAGUGAAAAGUGAUGGAGAGAAGCUAGAUGAUAAAGAGUUCUUGGUAGAAGAAUACGAAAGUGAAGAUGAGAAGAGUGCGCUAUCAAAGAGAAAAAAUGGAGCUUGUUGUGGCUCAUCUUCGAGUGACAGUGAAAAAGAAGGCAAUGAAUCAAGCGAUGAAGAGGAAGAAGCUGAUUUUAAGAUCUAUUUUUGUAGCAGAACUCAUUCACAGCUCUCGCAAUUUGUAAAAGAAUUGAGGAAAACCGCUUUUGCUAGUGACCUAAAGGUUGCAUGCUUGGGCUCCAGGAAGAACUUCUGCAUAAAUGAAGAAGUGUUGAAGCUUGGGAAUUCCACCUUGAUUAACGAACGAUGUUUGGAUCUUCAGAAGAAUAAGAAAACCCUAGUGUCUAGAAAGAAGGAAGUUGGGGGAAAAGUACGCAAGACAAAGGCCUCAAGUGGAUGCCCAAUGCUUAGCAAACAUAAGCUACAAAAGCAGUUCAAAAACAAGAUGAAUGAUCAAGGACCCUUAGACAUUGAAGAUCUUGUUCGCCUUGGGGGCAAUUUAGGAACUUGUCCUUAUUAUGGUUCCAGAAGCAUGGUUCCUUCAGCAGAUCUUGUUGUUCUUCCUUAUCAAUCUCUUCUCUCUAAAUCUUCACGUGAAUCACUUGGAUUAAGCUUGAAGAACAGUGUCGUUAUUAUAGAUGAAGCUCACAAUCUUGCUGACUCUCUCAUCAGCAUGUAUGACUCCAAAAUCACUUUGUCCCAGUUGGAACGUGUUAAUUCAAGUUUAGAGGGCUAUUUUGAACGAUUUCGCAAUCUUUUAGGACCAGGGAAUCGAAGACACAUUCAAACAUUAAUGAUUCUCACUCGUGCUUUUAUCCAAACUUUAUGCAACAAAGAUGACACCAAUUUUGUUGAUUCUUCCAUUCUAGAAGAGCUUCCUAAUGGAUCUGAAUGCUCUUUGCGCGUUAACGAAUUUGUGUUUUCUCUCAACAUUGACAACAUAAACUUAGUCAAACUUCUUCAAUAUAUCAAAGACAGCAACAUGAUUCACAAGGUCAGUGGGUAUGGAGAUAGGAUAAUUAGCUUACAAAAUGACAAUAUUGCCCUCCUUGAGGGUAGCAUUUUAUCAAGCUUUCGCGCAUUAGCUGGAUUAUUACUCUCAUUGACAAAUCAUGAUAGUGAUGGGAGGAUAAUACUCUCAAGGAAAAAACCAAAAGACUCUGGACAACAAGGAGGAUAUUUAAAAUACGUUAUGCUAACUGGGGAGAAGAUCUUUCAUGAGAUUGUUGAUGAAGCCCAUGCGUGUGUAUUAGCUGGCGGGACCCUCCAACCUAUAGAAGAAACACGCGCAAGACUCUUUCCAUGGCUACCGCCACAUCAGCUUAAUUUUUUCUCUUGUGGUCAUAUAAUCCCACCCGACAAUAUUUUACCCAUAUCCGUUUCACACGGGCCCACGGGUCAACCCAUGGACUUCAGCUAUAAUUCUAGAAGUACAUCAACCAUGGUUGGGGAGCUAGGGCUACUAAUUUGUAAUCUGGUGAGUGUGAUUCCACAAGGUAUUGUGGUCUUCUUUUCUUCGUUUGACUAUGAAGAAUGUGUGUACACGUCAUGGGAAGCUUCCGGAAUCCUAGGAAGAAUAAUGAAAAAGAAACGGGUGUUUAGAGAGCCAAGAAAAAGCAUGGAAGUUGAAAAUGUGUUGAAAGAAUACAAGGAAUCGGUUGAAAAUGGUGCUGUGUUUUUUGCGGUUGUUGGAGGGAAGAUAUCAGAAGGGAUUAAUUUUAGUGAUGGAAUGGGUCGUUGCAUAGUUAUGGUGGGGUUGCCUUACCCUAGUCCUUCUGAUAUUGAAUUAAUGGAAAGAGUAAAAUAUAUCGAUUCUCUUGAAGACAUGACAAAAAAAGAUUAUAAUUUUACUCGCUUUAAUGGUGAUGCUCAAGCUGGAUUCGAGAUUUUGAGAAGUUGUAAGAAUAGAGGAAGAGAGUAUUAUGAAAAUCUUUGCAUGAAAGCUGUAAAUCAAUCCAUAGGAAGAGCAAUUAGGCAUAUUAAUGAUUAUGCAGCGAUUUUAUUAGUGGACACGCGAUAUACAACGGAUUCUAUAAAAAAGAAUUUGUCACAUCCAACAAACAAGCUUCCAAAUUGGAUUAAAGAUCGUCUCAAUUGCAACAGAAAGAAUUAUGGGGAAGUACACAGAUUGCUUCAUCAAUUCUUCAAAUUUCACAAAAAAUUAUGA